UACAUCUGAACCAUCUCGAGGGAUAUUUUAAUCUGUUAGUGAAUCGCUAUUUUAGCCCAAUUUUGAGGCCUGAUCUUACAAAAAACAAUGUACGAAGACGACGAAGAACAAGAGGAAGGACCAAAGAGUUCAUUUUCGACAUAUCUCGCAGAGGGUGACGUUCUUUUCAAGCAAGGAGAGUACAAGAAAGCUUUAGAUAGCUACUCGUUGGCAUUAGAGUUAAAGCCAACAGACAAGUUUUGCCUUGUUGCUAGGUCAAAAUGCUAUCUUCAACUUGGAGAUAAUGCUUCUGCUCUUAAAGAUGCUGAGGCAGCACUUGAGGAUGAUAAGGAAUUUAACAAGGGUUUGUACCAGAAGGCUGAAGCUCUUUAUGCCAUGGGUGACUUUGAGUAUGCUUUGAUGUUUUAUCAUCGAGGAAAUCAGCUAAGACCUGAGUUGCAGAAGUUUAAACUUGGAAUUCAGAAAGCUCAAGAGGCAAUUGAUAAUUCUAUUGGAGAUGCAGCAAAUGUCAAACUGGAAAACAAGGGAGAUCUUUCAUUCUUUUCCAAGCAGGAUGAAAUGAAAAAACCCAAAGGUUAUAGCAAACCAAAGACACAAGCAGCUAGAAAUCAACAGCAGCAACUUAACAGAGGAAAGAGCAACAAGAGCCCAGCUGCAUCUGAUAAAACUGUCAAACAGCUAUUGGGUGAGAUGUAUGCAGACAAAGAGUAUCUGGAAAAGCUGCUAAAUGAUGAUGAAUUUGUGCACAGCAAAAAUAAUAACAACCAGAUCUAUGAUCUUGUUAUGGGUGGACUUAACUAUCUUGAAUCAAGAACUGAAUUUUGGAGACAGCAAAAACCACUGUAUGCUCGUAAAAAAGAGAGGCCAAAACCAAAGAAGCCUGCACAAAAGAGUAAACCCGGUGAUACCACCAAGUUUAUACUACGGUCUCUUGAAGAAAUUGACCUGGCUUUAGCUGAUGGUGAUGCAGAAGGAAGUUUGAAACAAGCCCAGUCAACAUUAAGAACAGUUCAGUCCCUUGGAGAAGAUAGUGUUCCUAAUAAGGAAGAUGUUAUUGGAAAUCUGCACUCUUGUAUUGGAAAUGCUUAUCUCGAAAUGGAUGACAACAAGAAAGCUCUGGAACACCAUCAAAAGGAUCUUAAAAUCGCAGAAAAAUUAGAAAAUAAGGUUGGAAAAUCAAGGGCAUUGGACAAUCUGGGUAGGGUUUAUGCCAAGGCAGGGGACUAUGGAAAAGCAAUUGACCAAUGGAUGGAUAAAAUGCCACUAGUUAAAUCACCAUUGGAAAGCACAUGGUUGUUUCAUGAGGURGGACGUUGUCAUCUUGAGCUCAAGAACUUCCAAGAUGCAAAGGAAUAUGGUCAAAAAUCUCUUGCUGCAGCACGAGAAGCUGAUGACCAAGUAUGGCAGCUUAAUGCAACAGUUCUUAUUGCACAGGCUGAAGUAAAAUUGAGUGAGCUACAAGAUGCACUUGAGUCUUUCCAGCAAGCCCACGACCUCGCAAAAAUAUUGGAGGACGAGGCAGCUGAGAGUGCAAUAUCUAAGGCUAUCAGAGAUGUAAAUGACAGAAUUGCUCAAGGAGUAAAGAGCAGUGAUGACAGCCAACAGGAGGAACAAAAACCAGAAGACAAACAAGAUGAAGAGCAAACUAAAGAUGUAGCGCAAGAACAAGAAAAACCUGAGGAGGAAAACAAUUCCUCAGAAGCUCAAGAACCUGAACCUGUUAAGCAAGAUGUUGAGCAAGUUGAGAAAGACACAGCUGAAGUAGAGCAGAGCAAAGAAAAGGAAAAUCAAGAUGAUGCAACAGCUGAAUAAGAAUCGAGUAGAAUAUUACAAUGUUAGCAGUUUGUACUUUGUAUAACUUUGUCUUGAAAAUGUAUAAAAAAUUGUUGUCAAAGUGUUGCUUAGAAUAAACUUGUACAAAUUCACACAAACAGCACUAACUUGGCUGGUAGUUGAUAAUUAUUGGUAGUUGAUUAUUAUUGGUGGUUGAGCAUGAAUGGGRAAUGAACAAUGGUCAUAUUUACAGAUUCAGCUGGGAAUUGUUUGAGWUGRGUAUUGGCCUAAACAAGCCAAAUAAGAGAGAGACAUCUCRGAUCAUUACACACAUUGUCUUCUGCUAGACUAACAAACAAAAUAGCAUUCAAUCAUAACUGAAAUACAAUACUUACAAAAAUGUAUCUUUGUUUAUUAUUAAAUACAGUUAAGAUACAGUAAGGACAAAAAAUGAUGAUCAAUAUAUUUAACAGGCAAUGACUGAUUUCCAAUAACUCUUUUCAGUUCAGUUGCAUAGGGAUGGCUAACACUGAUAAGAUCUUUUUUUAUGGACUAUAUACAGUAAAUCAGUGAGGAUUAAYUACUGAGAUCUUCUUGAGUGUCUCUUUUACACUAUCCCAAGCUAUUUUGCCUAUUUAUUUAUUACAUGAAUGUUGUAAUUGUUUUCUUUAGAACAAACUGUUCUAGCUCGUGCAAUGGGUGUUUAUCAAAUAAAUUUUCAUUAAAACCAA